GUAAAAGUCCCAUAAUUACUGAGAGAUACGAGGGAUGAACCCUAAUUUUCGAAAGAGUGAGAUUUUGGGUAUCGUUUGAUUCUUGUGAGAAUUCAAGAGAGGCUGAGUUCGUGAGUUUGAGACUGGUGAGAGAGUUGAAAUCGAGAAGCUGAGUUCCUGUAUUUUUGAAAUCGAAAAGUAAAAGUGAAAGUGAAAGAGUUGAUUUUGGAGUCACGUAGAAGAUGAACAGGAGUAUUCACAUUCGUUUACACGUUGGGGGAUACUGGGCAGCAGAUGGUACAUACAAUGGUGGUGAAACAAGAUGUUGUAGAAUUGAUUUUGAAGACCCAACUCUCAAGAUGCUUGAAAGUAUGAUUGCGAGUGGUGAUUUUCCAGAGAACAUGAAUAGAUUCUCUUAUUUCAGAAAAGAUCAGAGUAAGAAGGAUGUAUGUUCUGAUACAGAUGUGGUGGAGAUGGUGAGCGCCUUUACUGAACUGGAAAGCGUAAAUAUUUUUGCUGUAAGAGCUGAUGAUCCUUAUCUCGAUGAUGUUCUCAUUGGAGGAGACGAAGAGGAAGAAGAACAAAAGAGUGAUGAUGAAUGGACUGACUUUUACAAGGAUGAUUAUGUUGAGAGUGAAGACUCAGAUGAUGAUGAGGACAAAAAAUGUUCUAAUUGUGGAGAACCCAAUCAUAACAAAAGAACAUGCAAGCAACCACCAGUCAAUCUGCCUAAUCCACCCAAACCGUCUUCAGAGUUUCCUUCCUUUCAUGCCAACAUUGUAAUGACAUGUGGUAAUUGUCAUCAAACUGGACACAACAAACGCAAAUGCACGCUGCCUUAUGUGCCCAAGCCACCAAAUAUGCGAUCAGGAAGACCAUCUAAGAAGCAGAAGACAAUCACUCAACUUGGCGAAUCAACCAUCUAAGAAGCAGAAGACCAUCUAAGUCGUCUCAUCUAAGAACUUGCUGUUUUAAAAAAAAAAAAAUUGGAACUCAGCUUUAGAAUCCAUGUUUUGGUGUUUCAGAUUAACUAGGAUUAAGUUCAUUUGAACCAUGUUUUGGUGUUUUGUUAUAACUCAGGUUAUGGUCAUUAGAACCAUUAAAACGAAGUAAACUACGUUUGCUUGUU